AUGCGCUUGCUUACACCGCGCUCUCACAACGAGUUGAAACUUACGGAGGACUUCGGUACAGAGCCGCCUCCGUACGCCAUACUUUCACACACAUGGGGACCAGAAAAUGAUGAGGUUCUCUUCGAGGAUCUGAUGAGGAAUGAAGGUACCAGCAAGGUGGGCUACUCCAAGCUGCUAUUUUGUGCCACGCAAACGGCAAAAGAUGGCCUUCAGUACUUCUGGGUGGACACUUGUUGCAUCGACAAGCGCAGUUCUGCCGAGCUUUCGGAAGCUGUUAACUCAAUGUUUCAAUGGUAUGCCCGGGCGGUCAAGUGCUACGUAUAUCUGAGCGACGUCCAUGUUGGCUCUUCAACGACCGACGCACAAGCCUGGUUGCCGUCGUUUGAAUCCAGCAGAUGGUUUACCCGGGGCUGGACACUGCAAGAGCUGCUCGCUCCACACUCCAUCGACUUCUUCUCCGCCGAUGGUGCCUUUCUCGGCAACAAAAAGACACUCGAGCCAGCGAUUCACAAGAUCACAAAAAUUCCCAUCGAGGCUUUACGCGGCUUGCCACUGUCACAAUUCACGGUGCAAGAACGAUUAUCAUGGGCGGCCAACCGUCACACGCGCAGACAAGAAGACCAGGCUUACUGUCUCUUCGGUAUCUUUGGCGUGUUUUUACCCUUGCUCUAUGGAGAAGGGCAACGCGCCACGGAGAGGCUUCUGCGCGAGGUCGCUACAAGCGGUGAAGUUCACCCACCGCGAAAGGAUCUCCGUACGCGGCCGGCGCUUUUGGACAGGCCACCGAAACGCAGGAAAUUCCGACAGGAAGCAGAUCUACCCUUGGAGCCCUAUGCUGGCAUAUCUGCCACCUCAGAUAAGGCCUCGGACUUGCACAAUGACGAGUUAUAUUACCAGCCUCUCGAGGAACACGAGUUUCGCGUCCUCAUCCUCGAGCCUGGGGCCCUAGGGACCAGCAUUACUGGCCACAUACAGCACUUCAACCUUCAGAAUCCUCCAACGUACCACGCCUUGAGCUAUGUGUGGGGCACGGAGCCAUCACUCCAGCGGGUGACUAUUAACGAUACAACAGUGAAGAUCACGCCCAAUUUGUAUCACGCGCUCCAACGCGUUAGGCUCAUCAAAGGGACCUUGCCUGUCUGGGUUGACUCUUUGUGCAUCAAUCAGAGCGACACCACAGAAAGGACCGCUCAGAUCCAACACAUCGGUAGUAUCUACCGCAAGGCUAGCGCAGUUCUUAUCUGGCUCGGAGAGGAGGACUCGACAAGCAAAGCUGGACUGAAUCUUGUGCGCACCAUCACCGAUCCCGCUAAUCUUCAUUACGAGUGGGGUGAUCGUUGGUGGGAAGAACACCCUUUUCGAGCUCUGGACAGCCUUCUCGUGCGGCCUUGGUUCGAACGAGGAUGGGUCAUCCAAGAAGCAGCGUGCUCGAAAUACUCGACCGUCCUCUGCGGCGAUGGUAAGGUCUACAUGGGCAAUUUUGUCAUGGCCGUGUCUCUGAUUCAGAGCAAGCUCAAGCCUCUGGUGCCAAAGCUGGGCCAGAUCGCGAAACGAGGAGAUGCGAGUCCCCUAUCCAACUUCCUUGAUUCGCCUGCUGCGAGACUACUCGACAUCGUCAACAAUGCUUUCAGAGUUGACGCUCACGGGGACAAUGUCAUCCCUAAGCUGAGCUUGGAGUCUCUUGUCGAUCUAAGCACCUUCAGCCAGACCACCGAUCAUCGCGACGCCAUCUAUGCCCUUUUAGGUCUUGCGAACGACCUCGUCUCGGCGAAUCGGGCAGAAGAUCCACCUGUCGUGAUACCAAGUUAUGAGAAACCUGUGCUUGAUGUUUUUGCCGAUUUCGUCCUGCAUUGCUGUCAGCAAUCGGGUUCACUAGACAUCAUUUGCCGACCCUGGGCCCCAGUCCCAUCGAUUGGCGCCAGUCAAAACAGCACAGAUGGAUCAUUCGGUGAUGGAUCCCGACGCUAUCCUUCAUGGAUUGUGUCCAGAGACAAACUCCCCUUUGGCGAACCGUCUUACCGCCACCGUCAGCGCCUCCAUGCAGAUUCCUUGGUAGGACGAAGCGGCAAACGGACGUUCAACGCGCACCGAGGGACUAAGCCUCGUGUAUCUGUCGGAAGGCACGGAGACGGUUCUUUUGAUGGCACGCUGCACGCUCGUGGCUUCGUCAUCGGCCGGAUCGAUCAGAGAUCCACCCGGCUAGCCAGCGCCAUCAUCACGAAAGAAUGUUUGAGCAUCCUGUGUCAGGAUAUACCCGAGACUCAGUCUGGUAUCGUCGAUAUCCCGUGUGCUCUCUGGAGAACACUCUGCGCCGACCGCGAUCAGAACGGCGAUCCAGCGCCCCGUGUCUACCAGACAGCCAUGUUUCACCUCUUGCACAUGACCUCGUCUGUCUCAAACCCAAAUGGAAGCACAAACAUCCACGCCUUGCUAUCCGACAUUGACGUUGAAGAGGUUCUGGAUAUCGAUGUGCCCGAACAUGUCAGGAAUUAUUUAAUGGUCGUGGGCGGCGUCGUCUGGAACCGACGAACCUUCCGUUGCAAUUGGUCAUUCGUCACCGACAGCCCCUUGGUUGGCCUAGCCCCUCAAGGUGCAAAAGUCGACGACUCGAUCUGUAUAUUGUCCGGCUGUAGCGUGCCCGUGGUUCUUCGUGAGCGCCCGGACCUAGCUGGCGGUGGCCUUUGCCACGAAUUGAUCGGUGAGGCUUUUGUGUACGGCGCCAUGGAUGGCGAGUUGUUUGCAUAUGGUUCUCGAGAGCGGUCAAAGAUUGAGGAUGUUGACUUCGUCAUCAGAUGA